ACACUACUUUAGCCAAAUGACCUAAUCUAUGUGACUACAUCUACCAAAAAAAAUGACUUCGUUUUAGAGUCAUCCCAAGUCUAAAGCCGCGUUAAAUCCGUCCGUGAUUUUCUUCGUAUAAUUCUUCAAAUCCCUGAUGAGUUGCGCAUCUCAAUAGUGAAGCCGUUGACUAGCACCAAUUUUAAAAUAGAUAUUUAGGUGCUUAGUCUGAUCCAAAGCUUAGCACAAUAUUCCAAAACCGUCUAAUACGUAAACCGAAUGGUAUCUCUCUCCACCUCCAAAGCAAUGGAAGAAUUGUUUGGGAGAAGAAAGUCUCAACAACAACUAGAGAGGAAGAAGACUGGUACCUACCUGCUGUCUACACCUAAACCCAAAAGCCCACCAUCACCACCACCAAAUAUUAUAUUUUCAAUACUUUGAGUAAAAUCCAAGACCCCUCCUCCUCCUCCUCUGUUUAUAAUUUCAAGCUUCUCUCAAUAAGCUCUCAGCAUCCUUCUCAAUUCUCAUGGAGAAACACCAAUAUGAGUUGGUGCUAAUUCUUUUUGUAGUUGCCUCCCUUGGCCUUGUCUCCUUCAUAUCAUGCAUAGCCGCAGAGAUUAAGAAAACAAAGGAGGAGGAGCUGAGGGUGGUUGGAAGACUCUGUCAUUUGCCAGAAAGUCAGGCAUUUGGGUUUGGAGUUGCAGCCUUGAUAUGUUUGUUUGCAGCUCAGAUGGUGGGGAAUUUGAUAGUUUGCACUUAUUUUUGUUCAAGAGAGAGAAAGAAGAAGAGUGGUAGUGAUUUCAGUAUCAGUUCCAAAGCAAAAACACCAACGAUUUGGAUGGCUCUUGUGUGCAUCUCUUGGACCAGCUUUGUAAUAGCAGUCACAUUGCUGAGCGCAGCAACUAGCAUGAGCAGAGACCAACCCUACGGACAAGGAUGGCUGGAUGGCCAAUGCUACUUUGUCAAACAAGGAAUAUAUAUUGGCUCAGGAAUUCUGGUUCUAAUUGCAAUUGGUUCCACGCUCGGCUUAAUCAUCAUCACAACCAUGAGGAAGACCCAAGUUGAUGAAGGUUCUAAAGUAAAAGAGCAAAGCAAGUUGAACACAAAGUCAUAGAGAAUAAAGACAACUUUUGGGGUAGAGUACCAAUUCCUCUCCCCACCACAGACAUGAGUUAUGUCAAUUGGUCAAGGCAGUGUGCUCACCCAUUGCACCGAGUUCAAUCGCCCUCCCCGUAAAUUAGAAUAGUUUAAACUAUCACUUUGUCAAACAAAAUACAACAGGACACACCAAUCUACUAAAUUGAAAAUGUAUAGUAUAGCCCAAACCUCCAACUUCCGAAGGAUGCACUACAAUUUUUAUUUUUAUUAAUACACAAAAGGGCAUGGUUUGUUAUGAAUUUCUAUAAAGUCUACUCUUUGGUCA